AUGGAAGCAAACGACGACAAAAUCAAAGUGCUACAAGAUACGUCAAGAAUGACUGUGUCAUUUAGACAAGAAAGGGUACCACAUCAGAAUACAUGUGCAGGAAUUUAUAUUGAUCUGAUGAAAAUGGACCAAACUAUGAAUCUAAACCAUUCUCAAAAGACACGCAAUAAAGAAUCAUCAAAAUCGGUCCAGCAGUUUAGGAGGAGUUCGGUAACAUACACAACACACGUACACAAAAAAAAGAUGAGUGAAUGA